CACACUGGGGAGAAGCCUUAUCAGUGUUCUGAAUGUGACAAAGCUUUUUCACAGAAGGCAAUCCUUAUCAGACACCAGAGGGUACACACCGGAGAGAGGCCUUAUCAGUGUUCUGAAUGUGAUAAAGCUUUUAAACAGAAGACAGAUCUUAGCUCACACCAGUGGGUUCAUAUUAAAAAGAGGCCAUAUCAGUGCUUAGAAUAUACAACCCAGAGAGAGCUCGUUACACAGCAAAGUGUCCACACUGGAGGCAAUUUGACAAUUUUUUCAGAGAAUCAUCAAUGACUGAAAUCUGUUUCCACAUGAGUUUAAUAAUUAACAU